AGAUUGUGUGUUUAUACUUAUAAUAAAGUUUUCUUAAGCAAAAAAAUGUCGAAAGUUUUUAAAUAUUAUUAUGAUUUAAUGUCACAACCUUCCCGGGCUUUGUGGAUUGCACUGAAAAUGGGUAAAACCCAAUUUGAAGAUUGCCCUGUGGCUCUGAGAAAAAUGGAGCAGUAUACUGAAGCAUACAAAAAAGUUAAUCGUUUCCAAAAAGUGCCUGCCAUAGUUGAUAAUGAUUUUCAUUUAUCUGAAUCGGUAGCAAUAUUAAGAUACUUAGCCGACAAACAGCAAUUCAGUGAAGCGCUUUAUCCCCGUGAUAUACAGGAAAGGGCGAAAGUUGACGAAUUCCUGGAAUGGCAUCACUUGGGUGUCCGUUACGGAUGUAGCGGUUACUUCAUGCAUUUGUGGCUUUUACCUUUAAGAGGUUUGGCAGACAAACCUACAAAGGAAAAAGCCUUGGAAUUGAAAAUCGAAAUGGAGCGACAACUGAAGUUAGUGGAAGAAUUGUGGUUAAAGGAUAACAACUUCUUAACCGGCGAUAAGUUGACCGUGGCCGAUCUAUUUGGCGCCUGCGAAAUAGAGCAGACAAAACUUUGCCGCUACGAUGCCAAAGAAAAAUUCCCAAAAAUCACUAAAUGGUUGGGAAGGGUACGGACAGAGUCAAAUCCUUAUUUCGAUGAAGCUCAUAAAUAUCUUUAUAAAGCAGUUCAAGUUUUAACUUAAUUGCACUUAUAUUUAAGUAAUAAAAGAAAAUAUUUAAUUAAAUUUAAAACUCUAAUCGACUUCUAAUUUCCUAA